AUGGCGCGUUACUAUCUCGGCCCUGACCCUACACCGUCUGCUCCAGGGGACUGCGAAACCGCGUCCCACCUAAUCUCCAUCGCCACUUCGGUCCCCAAAGCCGACCAACUCAAAAAGCUCAAACGCAAUGAGCGCGACCGCCAACGAAGCUUCGCCAAGCGGGAAUCGAUGAAGCAAAUGCGGCAACAGGUAACGGAGCUGGAGCAGCGCAAACAGCGACUCCGCGAGAAUUUUGUGCGUCUCGCCAGUGAGAUCGAGGAGUUCCGGCGUCAGAACGCAGUCAUGACGCAGCAGCUACGCGAACGAGACGUGACGACCGGGUACAUGCAGAAUCUGCUGCUUGAAUUCAGUCCGGACGAGACGGAUAGUGACAACAACAGCGAGAGCGACUCGGGCUCUGGCGCUAAGAAAAGUAAGAAGAACAAAGAGCCUCUGGGCUCUGGCCCUCGCCCGUUCAACGGCGACAGUAGCGUACGUUUUACACCGCUCACGCGGGAGGAAGGCCUCGCAUGUGUGCGUCAGACUCUGCAGCACAUCACUAGCGCCCGCCUUCUCUAUGCGAACGACGCGCACUACCACAACCGCUCCAAGUUCCUCGGUUGGUCGCAGUACACGCUGCGUCAGGGCUCCACCAUCACCUUCUCGGUCAAAAAGGCGCUUCAGCACGUGACGCCGGCGCAACUCAUGGCCACGACUUGGCACUUGCUCACUGACGGCAAAAGGACUCAGAAACUGAUUCCGUCGACCGUCAACACGCACAUCCGGCCGCUGCAGAAGCUGUCGGACGAUCUCUUCGUGAUUGAUCGCCGCAGCGAGGACAACGCCCGCUCCGGCGUCAUGGGCAACAAACUAGCGCUGCGUACAGUGUACGUACUGUUCCGUGUGGCGGAAGCUGACGGCACUCAGACGCUGGCCAUGAAGACCAUCAACCUGCCGCUGGUCAAGAAACUGCUGCGUGACGAUGAGCAGUGGUGCGAGAUCUUCUACUGGAUCCGCAUGUCGCCCGACGGCACAGUACAAAGCAGCUCCGGCGAUUUCGCUUCCGUGGUGGAGUUCGGCGGCUCCAACACGUACACGCGCGACGAGAUCGCCAAGGCGUGGCUCGGUGAGCUCGUGUUCCUCGCCAUCCGCUGGGAGUCGCGGGCUGUGGCGCCCACACUGCUCAAGUUUUAA